UUGGAUGAGGAUUUACCAUGACAAUGGAAUAACAGGAAGAAUGACAAUGAAACACAUCAUCUGGUGACAGGCCACUUUAAUUUGCCUUGAUGGGCAGCUCUAAGAUGCUUCCAGGAUCUACAAGUUUUCAGCUUUAUACACAAAAUUCACUGCAUAAUGAAUGAUUACACAUUUCACCAAACUUGUGAAAAUGAUUUCAUGACAUUUUUAUAUGAUUGACGAAAUGAAAGAAAAAUCAUUGGAUACUUGCAAGAUUACAGUCCAUAAAACAAUAACAAGAAACAAUGAUGUGUAUAAUGAGGAAUUGAAACCAGUAGUGUUGAAAUCAUUUACACAUUAUUUUAAUAUAUGGAAAAGGUCAGUAAAAUGCUUCAGGGUUACUUCAUUCUGAUGUCUCUAAAGGGAAUUUGUGAUUUCUGUAUUAAAGCUAAUAUUUAAUAUUCCAGCCAUAUUCAAACAAUAAUGAUUGGACUUUUAAUAUCAGCCUUUAUUGGAUGUUGGCGUUGUUUGUUUGUAAUACCGGACUAGCUACCGACAUUUGUCAAUUUUGCUGAUGAGGCUCCCAAGGAUAUAGUUUGACAAGACAGCACCAGACAUGAGGUCCGUGGAGCCCGAGGUUUCCCAGGCCCUCCAUUAUUUUAGGGUGUUCUUUUCUAGGUGUAGCAACAACCCCCAAGACGUUUGUCACACACUAGACCGCCGCAUAAGACACUGUCGAUGAAUUUGGUAAUAUUAAUGUCAUAUUGUGAGGCUGCUAUCACCUAAUCUAUGAUGUUCUUUGUGUCAACGAAAUAUAAGCCAAUACCAGUAAAAUAUCAAUUUUUUGAACAGCUCCAUUGGAACAGGAAAACUGUGGAUAUGAAGGGAGAAAGUUACGAAGCUAUUUUGGAGAAGAGCCCAGGGUUCAAUAACCCCAACUGCAUCCAAUAUCUGUCUGAACUGCUUGGAAUCUCCAAUAUGCACUGCACCAACUUUGCGUCAUUAAGGGGAGGAUUUUCGCCAGCGGAAUAUGCAGAUGAACUUCGUCAGGCCCAAGCCAGCAAGUGGGCAUUCCGUUCAGUAGCUGAGGGUAUCGAACAUUUCAAGGCAGGACGUCACUCGGAAGCUUUCCAAUGUCUCAACAAGGCACUAAGCAUUGACCCAAGAAACGUAGAAGGAUUAGUCGCGAGAGGCGCUUUGUACGCCAACAGUGGAACUUUCAAGAAGGCAAUAGAAGAUUUUGAGACAUCUUUAAAAUUGAAUCCGAACCACGCAAACGCCAGGAAGUAUUUGGGAGAGACAUUGGUCGCUCUCGGGCGCAGCUACGAGGAUGAGAACAAGAUAACAGAAGCUCAAAAGGCAUACGAAGAUUGUUUAGCCAUCAUACCGUUUCAUGAAGAAGCUCAAAACUCUUUGGACUUCCUUAAGAGCAAGACAUCAACAACAAAGCCACUGAUUGAGCCUGCAGAGUUGUUAUUACCGGGUUUAACUGGGGCAAAAUCGUUUGAGAUGAAGGAAACUAUUAAGCAGCUUUUGAAUUUGACUGAGAAGAAGGAAAAGAAAAAGAAAAAGAAGCGAGGCAAGGGUAAGAAGAAGCGGUCGAGCAGUUCGUCGUCGUCAUCUAGUGACUCGUCUAGUUCCAGCAGUUCUUCUGAAUCUUCCUCGUCAUCCUCGGACACUAGUGAUUCUGAAGGUCCAAACCGCAAGAAGAAGCGUCGUUCGCAGUCCAACAACAAGCGGCAGCGCUCCCUCUCACCACUCAGCAAGCGGAUGGCGAUGCUUGGCGAAACGGACGCCACGCGCACACAUAACUCGCAGUUCAACCAUCCCUACGGGUACCAGCCGCCACCGCCACAGGCUGAAGAGGCGAAUGCAGCGCCAAGGUCACAGGCAGACAUCGAUUAUGAGUUGAAGGUGCGUAAGUUCCUUGAGAUGACUAAAGAGGACUCUGACUACGAGGACAAAGUACGCAACUUCCUAGAGGAGACGGCUCAAUACAAGCGCAACAGAAAAAUGCAGGAGCUCGGCCAACAGCAGCAGCCGGGCGCCGACCACGACAAGAAGAAGAAAAAGAAGAAAGACAAAAAAAAGAAGAAAGAAUCAAAACGUAAACGCAAAGAGCAGGAGCGAGAUGAAAAGCGGAAAUCAAAGCUUGCGCGCUCUGCAUCCAACAAUGAUUACAACCUGCGCGAUUUGGACAACAUUGGCGACAAGAAACUUAGGGACGCUAUUAGAAAAGAAUUGAAAGGGAAAUCGAAGAGGGACCUCAGUUCAGAUGGCGAAUAUGAUAGAAAACACAGUGACAAAAGGAUAAUGGACGAGAUGCACGGCCUAGAAGAGCUCGAGUCCAAACUCAGCGCGUACCACGUGAUGGUAGAAAACGCAAGCAAGCGCGAGCGAGGCUCCGUCAGUCCGCUCGACCAAGCCCCGCCACCACCACUCGAGAAACCCAAGUGGAAGAUGUCUAUGAGCGCCGUUAAAGACCCUAGAGUUCAGAAGAAAGAAAAGUCAUCCAGCAAAGGAUACAAGGAGCAUUACGCAUUUGAGGACAGUUCUGAUGAUUCACAAGAUCCGCCUAAGCCCCCAACGAGUGGCGACAAGAACGUGUCAGUGCGACGCGCCAUGGCCAUGAAGGAGCCGCCGCCCCUGCCUUCCAACAACAAGAACCGCGAGCCCGAACCGCCCGGCACCGAACAGCAUCCACCGGUCCGCAAAGGCAACAUAGUCCUCGACAAGUUCGGGUCAUUCCGCUUGGCCCAGGAAGGCGAGACGCCCGUGUCCGUGGGCGGGCAGCGGCCCGAGCAGUUCGUGACGCGCAUCAAGCCGCCCACGCCCGGCGCGGCGCGGCGCCCGCGCUCGCCGCCGUCGCCGCGGCGCCGCUCCUCCACCUCCGACGACGCCCGGGAUCAGAAAAGGUCGCGCAGCAGGUCCCGGCCGCGCAAGUACCGGUCCCGCUCGGGCUCGCGGUCUCGCUCGGCGUCAUCCGGCAGCGGCUCGGCUGCGUCCAGGCGUCGCCGCUCCGGCUCGCCUCGCUCGCGGUCCCGCUCUGAUGCUUCCCGCUCCUACUACUCACGAAGCCGGUCCCGCAGCCGCUCCGGAUCUAGGGACGGAAGAUUCCGUCGCUUCAACCGUCGCGGCAACUGGCGCGGGCGCGGCGGCUUCGAGCGCGGCACGUACUACCGGCCGCGCUUCCACACCUUCAACGGCGCCGGGCGCGGGCGCGGGCGCGGCGGCAACGACUUCCGCCGCGACGACCAGCGCCGCUUCCAGCCCGACUGGCGCGACAACCGCAGCCGCGGCGGACGCCCCUUCCGGCCCCGCCGCGGGCAAGGCGGCCGCGGGAGACCUUUCAGAGGCGGAUUCCGAGACUUCCGCGACCGCCGCGGCGGACGGUACUCGCGCUCGCGCAGCCCCGACAGGACGCGCCGCUCGCGCUCCUACAGCCCCGAAAGGCGAGACAAGGAUAGGGACAGCUACUCCCGCUACUCUGAACGCGACAGCCAUCGCAGCGAGGGCGAAUACGAGGAAGAGAGAUACGUCGACCGCAAGGAGUACGACGGCAAAUGGGCGGACGGGAACGAACCCGAAAGGAACCACACUGAUGAAAAACCCUCUGAACCCGCCCCCAAAGAAUAACUCCUCAACCAACGUUUUAAAAUCCCUAGGCUAUACUAUAUUGGUUAGGGUGCUGACUUCUUAUUCACUCGCAUUACCCAUUUUAACACAAAUCCUUGAGGAUUAGCUGUAAAUAUAGUUUUAUGAGUACUGUAGGUAUUUUCAUUAGUCAAACGAGAAAAUUGGUGUCAAAAUUAACUGCAAUCAAAUGUAGCUUGUCAUUAUUCUAAUGAAGGCCAUUCCAUGAGUGUUACAUCUCGAUAGAUGUGUUAAUUAAGAUGGUACUAAAAUAUUAAUAAUAAUAAACAAUGAACACUAA